ACAAACCGGAAACAACCACAUCCAUAGCGACCAUAACAACGAUAAGGGCUGUCGAACCAACACAUUGCACAGCACUUAGCGAUACUUGACAAAUAUCGUUAGUGAACUUAUUUCAUGUAAGUAGUACAGUCGUACAACAUUCGAACAAGAUGGCAGCAGCUACGGCAACACUGAGGAGCACUGAAAUUCCUCCUACUAUGCCAGAAACUACAAGAAAUAUGACUGUAAAUGGGAUGGAAACAACAUAUCAGGGAAACACUGGACCUGAUAUGGGAAUUUCUACAAUGGGAUUCCGGUCUCAGAAAUAUAACCCAGCAGAGUGGCACGAGACCAAUUAUUCCAAAUAUUAUCAGUCCUUUUCUGACCGAGACAAUGCCGAGAGGAUCAGACACGAAUCCAAAAGAACCAUGAAUGAAACUGAGUCAACUACAAAUAAAACACAGGCUGAAGUAACCAAGAAACUUGGUGAACGACUCCAGGACAUUAACUUCUGGAAAUCUGAGUUGGAAAGAGAAAUUCAGGAUGUUAUUUCAGAAACUGACUUGCUCUUGGCACAAAAGAAACGUCUAGAGAAUGGUUUGAGAGCAACUGAAAUCCCACUACAUAUUUCCACAGAUAAUUUAAAUUGUAGACAGAAAAGACAAGGUGUUGAUUUAGUUCAAGAUGAUGUAGAAUUAUCUUUAUUAAAGGAAGUAGAAAUAAUUAAUAAUGUUCAAGAUUUGCUCAAGAAAACUAUAGAUCAAUCUGAGAAACAAAUUAAAUUAAACAGAGAAGCUAAACAGAAUUUGGAGAUGGAUUGGAGUGAUAAGAAAGAGGCAUUAGAAAUAGAUACCAAGUCAGGAUCACUUAGGAACCACCAUACAGAUAAACAGUUCUAUAGUGGAGCUGCUAAAUUUGAAGAAAUUCAGUCAACACCAGAAUCUUGGGCCCAGUUCUCACAUGAUAAUGUCGUCCGUGCAGAGCACGAGAGAAUGGCAUCCAUUCAAUUACGUCAAUUGAUUGACAACAUCCUUGAGGACUCAUCACGAGAUAUGAGAGAACAGUGUGACACAGUAGAUGUUAACUUUACGAAGAGAAUUGAAGAAAUGGAAGAUGCUAAAACAAAACUGGAGGAGAACCUUAACAAGAUCUGCAGAGAAAUCACCCAGAUGGAGAGUAACAUUGAUAACCUAAGAAAAGCCAUCCGUGAUAAGGAGAACCCAAUGAAAGUAUCUCAGACUCGUCUCAACAACAGAACAUACAGACCAGGUGUAGAACUGUGUAGAGAUCCAGUGCAAUACAAAUUGGUGGGCGAAGUAAAUGAAAUUGCACAAUCAAUAGAUGCUCUUACAGAACAGCUGAACAAUGCAGAGAAUGCCCGAAAAGACCUCCAGGAUAACCGAAUGGCUCUUGAGAAAGAAAUCUCUGUAAAGAAAAAUAGCUUGUUUAUUGAUAGAGAAAAAUGUGUCACCACACGUACACGAUAUCCCACCACACUGAAACUGCAGGGACAUCAAUAAAACACUAUGCUUAUGGAUUUAGAAUGAUGCAGUAUUGAUUUUUUUUCUUUUUUCUACCAUGUUUUGUCGUCUGCAAUCAUAGAACAUUCUCACCAUAUUUGGUCAUCAUGACCUAAUAUAGAUAUGUUGACCAAAUAUGGCAAUAGAUUUGCACUGCACAUGUACUUUGUCGACUGCCUCUAUGUAUCUUUGUUUGCUCAUUCAUUUUUCCAAACAUCAAAUGUGAUAAUUUUUUAUAUAUUAUAUUAACUCUAAAAAUGAAAGUAUUAUUUAUGUGGCGGAGAAGAUCGUUGAUGCUUAAAAUUUAAAUCAACAGUUCAAUUGUUGAGUUUUAUUCAGAUAUAUUUAAUGUUAUGUAAAUAAGUAAUAAAUCAUUCAAAAACCUA